AUGGCUCAGCCACAGCAGUGGCAGCAGCAGCAGCAGCAGCAGCAGCAUCCGCAGGCAGAGCUACAUCAGCAGUUGCAGUUGAUGCAGCAACAAGAGCAGAUGCAGCAACAAGAGCAGAUGCAGCAACAAGAGCAGAUGCAGCAACAAGAGCAGAUGCAGCAACAAGAGCAGAUGCAGCAACAAGAGCAGAUGCAGCAACAAGAGCAGAUGCAGCAACAAGAGCAGAUGCAGCAACAAGAGCAGAUGCAGCAACAAGAGCAGAUGCAGCAACAAGAGCAGAUGCAGCAUACUGCCAGAUUGCCUCGAUCCAAUCACCCAGAGCAGGGUGAGUUUAAAUCCACGGAUGAUGCCGCCUCUGGGAGAGCAACAAUCGACAGCACUGUGAAUGGUGGUGCUGGCAGCAGCAGUGGAGAUGUCUUGAUGCAGGAAGUCACAGCAGCAGGCUCUGGGGCUGUAUACAUUGGCGGUGGUGCGGAUCACUCUAUAGUGGAGCACUCUAAUGUGGAACAGCCUAGUGAGGAGGAACAGCCUAGUUCGGACCAGCCUAGUCUGGACAAGUCUAGUGCAGAACAGCCCAGUUCGUCGGACCAGCCAAGUUCGGACCAGCCAAGUUCUGAGCAGCCUAUUCUGGAAAGUCUCUGUGUUGACGAGCUGUGUGCCCUCCAGCAUUACACCACAGCAGGUUUGGACCUUUCUCUGCCUGACCGCGCAGCAGGUUGGUUGUUUCUAGAGGCUCAAGACACACACCCCACUGCAGAUGCUGCGGGGAACCUCGUCACCCCGUUCUCCUGCCUCCCUCAACGCACAGCAGCUGCUGCUGGUGGGGACCUCGCCACCACCCCGUUCUCUCGCAUCGACAGGACAGCAUGUUUCAGUUGCGAGAAUUAUGGCUGCUCCGUCCCCUUUAUGGAGCUUUUGAGAGGGGCAGGAGAGGGAUUGGAGGCUGGGAGAGAGGCUGUGGAUGCGGCAGGGUCGGCAUAUGCAGCAGAUGAGCAGCAUUUGGGGGACACUGCGGCUGGAGGUGGAAUCUACACCGUGGAUCCACUGGAGAUGUUCUUCCUGAAUGAUGGGGAGCCUAGGGACUAA